CAUCUCCUCGGCAUGGCAGAUGACGCACACGACAAACAGGUUGAGAUUUGGAAAGUUAAGAAACUUGUGAAGUCCCUGACGCUCGCGCGCGGCAAUGGGACCUCAAUGAUAUCUUUGGUGAUACCGCCACGAGAUCAGAUAUCACGUGUCGCCAAAAUGCUGGCCGACGAGUAUGGCACUGCCUCAAACAUAAAAAGUCGGGUUAAUCGUCUGUCAGUACUUGGUGCCAUAACAAGUGAGCAUCAUAGAAAGUUCAAACUAUAUAAUGAUUAUGCAGGCACACAGCAACGGCUGAAAUUGUAUUCACGUGUUCCACCUCAUGGUUUAGUGGUGUAUUGUGGAACCAUCAUGACUGAUGAAGGCAAAGAAAGACGUGUCAAUAUUGACUUUGAGCCGUGCCCCCCAGAGCAUGUCCCACAGAUAAUUCUCAUAUAAUGCACUGGCUGCAGAUUUAAACCAAUUAAUACAUCCCUUUACUUGUGUGACAACAAGUUUCAUACGGAGGCUCUAGAUGAACUCUUGGAGGAUGACGAAAAGUUCGGGUUCAUUAUUAUGGAUGGCAACGGUUCACUUUAUGGCAAUACCAGUCCGAAUUGCAAUGACCUUGAUGCAGUGUUUAAUAGGUACGCUGCAGGGCAACAACAGAGACGUGUUGCAUAAAUUUUCGGUUGACCUACCCAAAAAGUGAAAAUCAUGAACUAUAGUCUGGUUUCCGAAUGUUUGGCCUAUAGGCAUGGUCGUGGAGGUCAGUCUGCUCUCAGAUUUGCACGUCUCCGCCUGGAGAAACGUCAUAACUAUGUCCGAAAAGUAGCAGAACUGGCCGUGCAGAUGUUUAUUACUGCAGACAAACCUAACGUGUCUGGGCUUGUGUUGGCGGGUUCAGCCGAUUUCAAAAGCGAGCUGCAAACAUCUGAUAUGUUUGACCAAAGACUUGCGUCUGACUAUCAGUGUUGCAAUUAACAUGGCACCGUCGUCAACUAAAAUUAGGCGCAUUGUAAUCAAGAUGGUUGAUGUCAGUUAUGGUGGAGAAAUUGGUUUUAACCAGGCUAUUGAGUUAUCGGCAGAGACGCUAGGGUCUGUGAAGCUGGUUCAAGAGAAGCGUUUACUACAAAAGUUUUUCGACGAAAUUUCGCAGGAUACUGGCAAAUAUUGUUUUAUGGUUGUUGACACGCUACGUGCACUAGAGCUGGGCGCAGUGGAGACCCUUAUCGUAUGGGAGAAUCUAGAUAUAGAUCGCAUCAAAUUGCGUAAUCACGCAGCGUCGGAGGAUAGAGUACUGCAUCUUUCUAAGGAACAACAAGCACAUGAACAUUAUUUUCAUGACAGUGUAUCUGGCGUUGAACUUGAAGAGAUAGAGAAGUUGCCACUGGUUGAGUGGCUUGCGAACAACUACAAGUCGUUUGGAACAACCCUCGAGUUCAUCACCAACCGUUCCCAAGAAGGCUCACAGUUUUGCCGAGGUUUUGGUGGCAUUGGUGGUAUACUACGUUGGCGAGUAGACUUUCUUGAAAUUGACAUGGCUGAAGAUACCGCGGGGGAGUGCACUUAGGAUUUUAAAAUCAGCAGCGCAAUGACAUGACGGGACGAGGGGGGUCCACUUCCAUUCUUGUCAGAUGAGCUCGCUUACCCUGGCCCUGGCGAUCCGACACGAAGUAGCCGGUAGAGACCGGUAACUUUUCCUACUAGGCAGGAAUAAAUUUCGAUUUUCGGAUACCACGGUAGUUUUUAGCAAUAUAAAACACUGGCAGGCGCGCGCGCGCGGCUCACUUACAUAGAUACGACCCGG